AUGGCUGGAAGUUGUGAUGGAAGUCAAUCAGACCAAAUCUCUACUUUCGAGCCAGGAAUCGACAACAUAUACGAAGCAUUCAUCUGUCCCUUAACAAAGCAAGUCAUGCAAGAUCCCGUCACAUUAGAGAACGGUCAGACUUUUGAGCGUGAGGCCAUCGAGAAAUGGUUCAAAGAAUGUACACAAAACGGUAAACCUGUUUUAUGUCCCAUAACUUCAAAGCAGCUGAGUAUCACUGACCUUAGCCCAAGUAUAGCUUUACGUGACACUAUCGAAGAGUGGAGAGCUAGGAAUGAUUGUAUGAAGCUUGACAUUGCUCGUCAGUCACUAUAUUUGGGAAACGCUGAGGGGAAUAUUUUGUUGGCGUUGAAGAAUGUUAGAGAUAUUUGUAGGAACAUACGUUUGAUAAAACGCCGUGUGAGGAAUCCUCAGCUUGUUAGGUUGGUUACUGAUAUGUUGAAAAGUAAUAGUCAUGAAGUGAGGUAUAAGGCGUUGCAGACUCUGCAAGUUGUUGUUGAGGGGGAUGAAGAGAGUAAGGCGAUUGUGGCUGAGGGAGACACUGUGCGUACUAUUGUUAAGUUUUUGUCCAAAGAGCCGCCAAAGGGGAAGGAAGCAGCUGUUUCGUUGUUGUUUGAGCUGUCUAAGUCAGAGCUUUUGUGUGAGAAGAUUGGAUUGGUUCGUGGAGCUAUCAUCUUGUUGGUUGGUUUGGCGAGUAGUAAGUCGGAGAAUGUUUCAACUGUUGAGAAAGCUGAUAGGACUUUGACGAAUUUGGAGAGAUCAGAGGAAAAUGUUCGAGAGAUGGCUAGUAAUGGUAGGCUCCAGCCUCUUCUAGCUAAGCUUCUUGGGGGUUCACCUGAGACAAAAGUCUCCAUGGCUUCUUAUCUUGGGGAGCUUGCGUUAAACAACGAUGUGAAAGUUGUUGUGGCUCAGACUGUUGGUUCUUGUCUUAUCGAUCUUAUGGGGAGUCGUGACAUGCGUGGAGCUGCUUUGGGAGCUCUCAACAAAAUCUCAUCUUUUGAAGGGAGUGCUAAAGUCUUAAUCCGCACAGGACUUCUCCCGCCACUUAUCAAAGACCUGUUUUACGUUGGGCCAAACCAGCUUCCUAUUCGACUUAAAGAAGUCUCAGCUACUAUUCUAGCCAAUAUAGUGAACAUUGGCUACGACUUUGACAAAGUCCCUGUUGGACCUCAUCACCAAACUCUUGUUUCAGAGGACAUAAUUGAGAACCUACUCCUGUUAAUUAGUAACACUGGUCCAGAAAUUCAGGGGAAGCUGUUGGAGGUUCUUGUUGGAUUAACUAGCUGCCCGAACUCAGUUAUAAAUAUUGUUUCAGCCAUCAGAAACUCAGGUGCCAUCAUCAGCUUGGUUCAGUUCGUUGAGGUUCAUGAUAAUGAUGAUUUGCGUUUGGCUGCUAUCAAGCUACUUCAUAACAUUUCACCACACAUGAGUGAAGAGCUAGCCAAAGUGUUACGUGGCACUGUAGGACAGCUUACGAACCUUGUUGCCAUCAUAUCUGAAAGUACAACAACAAUCACCGAGGAUCAAGCCGCUGCUGCUGGACUGUUAGCUGAACUUCCUGAGAGAGAUUGGGGUCUGACGCAGAGAUUGUUAGGAGACGGUGCUUUUGAGAAAAUCAUCUCCAAGAUUGUUCUUAUUCGCCAAGGAGAGAUCAGGGGGAAACGGUUUGAGAGAACUUUUCUCGAUGGACUUGUGAAAAUACUUACUCGGAUCACCUUUGCACUCACCAAGGAGAGACAGGCCAUUUCGUUCUGCCGUGAAAACAAUCUCGCUUCGGUUUUCCUCGAUCUCCUUCAGUCAUACAGUCAAGACAACAUCCAGAUGGCUUCUGCAAUAGCUUUGGAGAAUCUCUCACUUGAAACCAAGAAUUUAACAAUGAUACCAGAGCUUCCUCCUCCAAGUUACUGUCUGUCCAUCUUUUCAUGUCUGAGCAAACCGCCUGUUGUUCUAGGGAUGUGUAAGAUCCAUCAAGGGAUAUGUUCAUUGAGAGACAGCUUUUGUCUUGUUGAAGGACAAGCAGUGGAUAAACUGGUUGAUCUUUUGGACCAUGAAAACGACAAGGUGGUUGGGCCAGCACUUGCAGCUCUUUCGACGUUGUUAGAAGAUGGUUUAGAAGUAGAGAACGCGGUAAGGUUGAUUGUUGAAGCAGAUGGGUUAACACCUAUAUUAAACGUUCUGUUGGAGAAUAGGACAGAGAAUUUAAGGAUUCGAGCUGUGUGGAUAGUGGAGAGGAUCUUACGUAUUGAAGAUUUCGCUAGGGAGCUUGGAGAAGAACAGAACGUUACUGCAGCGCUUAUUGACGCCUUUCAAAACGCAGAUUUUAGAACAAAACAGAUUGCUGAGAGUGCGUUGAGGCACAUCGAUAAGAUCCCAAAUUUCUCUGGUAUAUUUGCACCAACAUUGGCUAAGUGA